UUAUCACAGGACAAAAAAAAUGCUAUUGAAUGUUGUGUACAUUUGUUGAAUAGCAUCCAAGCUUGCCUCCCAUUGGAUAGAAUUAGAGCAAUUGGUCAUUGAUUUUAGUGAUGUCAGUAGGUACUGCUUUUUUACCGUGGCAAUUAAUGAGAUUGGGCAAUGCAUUUUGUCAUUGGACUGGGCAUCAGCGUGUUGAAACAACUAGCAAACUGAGGCUACUCGGGCACACCGACGACUAAGGAACGUGAAUACUUCUUUACAUUGGAAAAGGGAUCAGAUGAAUGAGUCACUCCAUGGGGCUCUAGAGAGGAACGUUGUCCACCUCCGCCGGCCCCCGUCUCCCUCACCCUGUUCAGCCUCCCCUCUACAGACAUCAUCAAAUGAGCUCUAUCUGAAUGCCACUUUCUAUGGGUUUGGAUUCAGUACAGCAAACAGCAGUGAAGAGAGCCAAUCUCUUACAAAGCCGCAUUUUGCCACGAAACCUUAUGAAUUGCUGUCAAAAGUGCCUCGAAAGAACUAAAGAAAACCAGGAUUUGUCCUUCAUAUAUAGUGCUGCUGUUUUGAUAGUAGUCCUCUGAUUGACCAUAAAGGGAAGGACAGUUGCAUCAGAGCGGACAGGACCGUAAACUACAUUAAGGCUUUAGGGGAGCAGUCGUAACUUCUCUCUCCAUACGAGCCGACGACCAUGGUCCCCCAGAAGGCUGACUUGACUGUUUUGCCAUGUCAGGAUGUGGUGGCGAUGCCAGUGAAGAAGCAGAGCAGUGAGAGGGACGAGGAGAGUCCUGAUGGGUCUCUGGGUGAGGGUGCUGGGGGGGAACGUAUUCCCCUGCGCAAGUGGGUCAUGCAUGGUGCUGUCAUGUUCGGACGAGAGUUCUGCUACGCCAUGGAGACAGCCCUGGUCACACCAGUCUUACUGCAAAUAGGACUUCCAGAGCAGUACUACAGCCUGACAUGGUUUCUUAGUCCCAUCCUGGGCCUCAUCCUCACCCCUCUCAUUGGCUCAGCCAGCGACCGCUGUACCCUGAAAUGGGGCCGCAGGAGACCCUUCAUCCUGGCACUCUGUGUGGGGGUGUUACUGGGCGUUUCUCUAUUUCUCAAUGGGUCUCUCCUAGGAUUAGCCCUCGGGGACGUUCCCAGCAGGCAGCCCAUUGGGAUAGUGCUGACCGUGCUGGGUGUAGUUCUACUGGACUUCAGUGCAGACGCCUCAGAUGGGCCUAUCAGAGCCUACCUGUUGGAUGUAGCCGACACAGAGGAGCAGGACAUGGCCCUCAACAUACAUGCCUUCUCUGCAGGGCUGGGAGGAGCGGUUGGCUACGUGCUGGGUGGCUUGGACUGGACCAGCACCAUCCUGGGCACGGCCUUCAAGUCCCAGGAGCAGAUCCUGUUUGUGUUUGCUACCGUCAUCUUCACCAUAUCUGUGAUUCUACACAUGUUCAGUAUCAAGGAGGAGAGUUUUGAGGCUCGUGGUGACACUCCGGGAGAGGGAGACUCCGAUAGCCUGUCCUCCUCAGGGAAACUGAAGGGGGGCUUGGCGGGGCCUCGUAGUAUACCUCAGCUGGACGUUAUAGGAGAGGAGGACACCCAGUCAGAGAGAGAGCUCUUCAUCAACGUGGACAGGGUGAGGAGUAAGAGCGACUCGGUGCUGGCCAUGCCUGACGCCACCAUCGAGCUGGACUCAGACCUGGACCAGGACGCUCAUUUCCUGGCAGACAUUGAGCCCUCCAUCUUUCAGGACUACCCCCAAGAUUUCUACCCUGGCACUCCUCAGAGACACUACAGUGGAUGGGGCAUCCAGGACCAGGAAGUCCCCCAGCCCGAGGCUCAGGCAGACAGCCAGCUGCCCCUCUUCCACCAGGACCCCUCCCCCUACUACAGCAGGGAGCACAUGUUGCUCAACAACCAGACCAACCAGGGAGCCAAGUUGGCCCCGGCCGCCCCCUCCAACCACACGGCCCACGGGGCCAACAGCCAGGGCCGUAUGCCAGGCCUGAGGCCGUCCAACACCAGCGCCACUGCCGGGGCACGCCGCUUCCCCCACACCUUCUACCGCCAGCCGUCAUUUACAUUCUCUUACUAUGGCCGCGUGGGUUCAGCACGAUACCGCCACCGCAGAAACACCAUGGGCAAUCCGGCCGGCGCCAACCUCCGCAUCAAGACCUCGCAGAGCAUGAACGACAUCUACGAGCACAUGCAGCGGCGGCAGCAGAGGAGGGAGCUCCAGCAGAGCAGCACCACACUGUCCAGCAGUGACUCUGAGAGUGACGAGGAGGGCACCACGGUCAAGCUGCUGUGGCUGUCCAUGCUGAAGAUGCCCCCCCAGCUGCUGAGGCUCUGCGUCUGUCAUCUCCUCACCUGGUUCUCCAUCAUCGCUGAGGCAGUCUUCUACACAGACUUCAUGGGACAGGUCAUCUAUGAUGGAAAACCCACAGCUCCUGCUAACUCCACUGAACUGCAGAACUACCAUAAAGGAGUCCAGAUGGGCUGCUGGGGACUGGUUGUCUAUGCUGCUACCGCUGCAGUCUGCUCAGGUAGGUCCUACUCCUUAGAGAAAUACACAGUGUGGACAGCAACAUGUACAGUGUGGACAGCAACAUGUACAGUGUGGACAGCAACAUGUACAGUGUGGACAGCAACAUGUACAGUGUGGACAGCAACGUGUACAGUGUGGACAGCAACGUGUACAGUGUGGACAGCAACGUGUACAGUGUGGACAGCAACGUGUACAGUGUGGACAGCAACGUGUACAGUGUGGACAGCAACGUGUACAGUGUGGACAGCAACGUGUACAGUGUGGACAGCAACGUGGACAGCAACGUGUACAGUGUGGACAGCAACGUGUACAGUGUGGACAGCAACAUGUACAGUGUGGACAGCAACGUGUACAGUGUGGACAGCAACGUGUACAGUGUGGACAGCAACGUGUACAGUGUGGACAGCAACGUGUACAGUGUGGACAGCAACGUGUACAGUGUGGACAGCAACGUGUACAGUGUGGACAGCAACGUGUACAGUGUGGACAGCAACGUGUACAGUGUGGACAGCAAUGUGUACAGUGUGGACAGCAACGUGUACAGUGUGGACAGCAACGUGUACAGUGUGGACAGCAACGUGUAUAUCAAAGAGUGAGGACUUGACUCACAACCAGUAUACUGUGCUCCAGAAGUACCUGGACAACUACGACCUGAGCAUUAAGGUCAUCUACAUCCUGGGUACUCUGAGCUUCUCCCUGGGAACCGCCGUCAUGGCCAUCUUCUCUAACGUCUACGUUGCCAUGGUGAUGAUCAGCACCAUGGGCAUCAUCUCCAUGAGUAUCUCCUACUGCCCCUACGCUCUGCUGGGCCAGUACCACGAGAACAAGCAGUACAUCCACCACAGUCCGGGGAAGUCGCGACGAGGCUUCGGCAUUGACUGUGCCAUACUGUCGUGCCAGGUGUAUAUUGCCCAGAUCCUGGUGGCGUCUGCGCUGAGCACGGUGGUGGACGUGGUGGGCAGCGUGCGGGUCAUCCCAAUGAUGGCCUCUGGAGGCUCCUUCCUGGGCUUCCUCACCUCCACCUUCCUGGUCAUCUACCCAGACUCCUCCACUCCCACCACUACGCAGGACCAGGAGGGGUAUGGAGAGGAUGGGGCUCCGGCCCUGGUGGCCCCAGAAGCAGGCCCUAGUGGUAGCAGUAUGCAGGAGCCAGUAGUCCUUCUCAAAAUGUCGCCUAAGGGCAGCAGCAGCACGACAAACUACGAGUCCACUAUUUAACAAAGAAGAAGAGGGGCAAGGACAAAAUACUGCAUCUCAAUAGUCAUAAAGUGGCUUCCUCUCUUUGUCUCCUUUAAUCUGCACAGAUAUCUAGUGGAGAAAGACAGUGACCAAACCUUAACACUCACUAGUCACAUGAGUUCCAGUGGGAUGGACUGUUCCAAUGGACACGUUGUGCAUUUCUUGACAUAUGGCUGUUUUUCUUUUCCUCGUGGGGUUCUAAUGUUUGUGGUUUCACUGGCUGUGUCCCAAAUAGCACCCUACUCCCUUUUAUAGUGCACUUUUUACCUGGGUCCAUAAGGCUCUGGUCAAAUGAAGUGCACUAAAUAGGGAAUAGGGUGCCAUUUGGGACUUAGUCACAGUUUGAAAGGCCUGCAGGAAGCAAUAUCAGAUUCAGUAUCCACCUCAUACACAGGAUCUAAUGCUGGACUCUCUUCUUUACUCAUGGGAUCUAAUGCUGGACUUUCUUUCUUAAACGUGACUUGGACUUUUUCUGUAGAUGGUUGUUUAGACUGCACGUGAAUAUUUUCACUCCAUUUCUAAAUUGAAAAAAUGUUUUAUUGAUUUUAUUUUGUGAUUGUACAAAAUGGUUUGAGAGACUGAUCAACUUUUCUAGACAGAAUGCUAUAGGAGUCUCUAUGUUACUGUGACCUCACUAAAGAUGCUGCAGCCACAGAGGAUCCAGUUCAGAACAAUGUAGGAGUCGCUCUGUUACUAUGACCUCACUAAAGAUGCUGCAGCCAUCGAAGAUCCAGUUCAAAACAGUAUAGGAGUCUCUGUUACUAUGACCUCACUAAAGAUGCUGCAGCCACAGAGGUUCCAGUUCAAAACAGUAUAGGAGUCUCUCUUACUAUGACCUCACUAAAGAUGCUGCAGCCACAGAGGUUCCAGUUCAAAACAAUAUAGGAGUCUCUCUUACUAUGACCUCCCUAAAGAUGCUGCAGCCACAGAGGUUCCAGUUCAAAACAAUAUAGGAGUCUCUCUUACUAUGACCUCCCUAAAGAUGCUGCAGCCACAGAGGUUUCAGGUCAAAACAGUAUAGGAGUCUCUCUUACUAUGACCUCAUUAAAGAUGCUGCAGCCACAGAGGUUCCAGUUCAAAACAAUAUAGGAGUCUCUCUUACUAUGACCUCAUUAAAGAUGCUGCAGCCACAGAGGUUCCAGUUCAAAACAGUAUAGGAGUCUCUCUUACUAUGACCUCACUAAAGAUGCUGCAGCCACAGAGGUUCCAGUUCAAAACAGUAUAGGAGUCUCUCUUACUAUGACCUCACUAAAGAUGCUGCAGCCACAGAGGUUCCAGUUCAAAACAAUAUAGGAGUCUCUCUUACUAUGACCUCCCUAAAGAUGCUGCAGCCACAGAGGAUCCAGUUCAGGAGUCUCUCUUACUAUGACCUCACUAAAGAUGCUGCAGCCACAGAGGUUCCAGUUCAAAACAGUAUAGGAGUCUCUCUUACUAUGACCUCACUAAAGAUGCUGCAGCCACAGAGGUUUCAGGUCAAAACAGUAUAGGAGUCUCUCUUACUAUGACCUCAUUAAAGAUGCUGCAGCCACAGAGGUUCCAGUUCAAAACAAUAUAGGAGUCUCUCUUACUAUGACCUCAUUAAAGAUGCUGCAGCCACAGAGGAUCCAGUUCAGAACAAUAUAGGAGUCGGUGUCUUACUGUGACCUCAGUAUGCCACAGAGGAUCCAGUUCAGAAUAAUAUAGGAGUCGGUCUCUUACUGUGACCUCAGUAUGCCACAGAGGAUCCAGUUCAAAACAAUAUAGGAGUCGGUCUCUUACUGUGACCUCAGUAUGCCACAGAGGAUCCAGUUCAGAACAAUAUAGGAGUCGGUCUCUUACUGUGACCUCAGUAUGCCACAGAGGAUCCAGUUCAGAACAAUAUAGGAGUCGGUGUCUUACUGUGACCUCAGUAUGCCACAGAGGAUCCAGUUCAGAACAAUAUAGGAGUCGGUCUCUUACUGUGACCUCAGUAUGCCACAGAGGAUCCAGUUCAGAACAAUAUAGGAGUCGGUCUCUUACUGUGACCUCAGUAUGCCACAGAGGAUCCAGUUCAGAACAAUAUAGGAGUCGGUCUCUUACUGUGACCUCAGUAUGCCACAGAGGAUCCAGUUCAGGGUCAGUCAGUUACAUUACCUGUUAUAAACACCCUUCACUAACUCUCUUUCUUCUGUCUAUUGACAUAUAUAUCAUGAAAACACUCAGGGCUAUUAUACAGCACAGACAAUAUGAUGUCCAGGUUACACCAAAAGUCCAAAGAACCAUUCAGGACGUUCCUUUUUGUAGGUCAUAUUUGCCAUUUACUGGGUUGAGUGGCCUAUAGCCUACUGUUUACAUGACAGAGUUGGAGAAACGUUAUCAGCCUUAAGAUAAUCAAAUCCUGAAGUGAUGAUGCUUACAUUCUAACACAUAUCAAUAUUUUGAAAAGGGAAAAUGUUGUAAACCUCGAUUAUAGUAUGCUGCAUGGAAGAAUACUAGAUUUCAUACUACAACUAGUCAUAAAAAAUGGUCUAUGAUCAUAAGAUGCCUUUGGGCCCAUCCAGCAUUGAAGAAACCCUACACUGUACUGUGCUACAGUAACUCUGUUGUUCUGAACCAUCUGUUCCACAGGGCAACGUAUAAGAAAGGAUAUCGCUCUGUAUGUUUUUACAUUUAACAACUGCAAAAGCUGCACAAUAAACUUUAAGAACUUUAAGAGAG